AUGAGCUCGGUUCCAAGUGCCGCCGUUGACCACCCUGUCGACCCCUCCGUCGAUCAAUCUCACGCGGUGUCGCAUGCCCCGGAGAAUCCUCGCCCGGCAGACACUGCGGAUACGCCUUCAUCCGGCGAGAAUAAAGAGCAGGAACAGAAUGGCAAUCCCGCUGCGGCCAAUUCGGACGGUAAACCGGCGGCCGAUCAGAGUGGCCGCGACACGGGACCUGGACAAGGGGACGAACUAGACGAUUUCGGUUUGCCGAUUCGACCGCGCGCCAAAGCUGCCCGGUCGCUGACGGAGUCUUCCGAAGGCACUCAGGAGUUCCAUGAUGUUCAGGAGGCUGCCGCGGAUAUAACAGACGAUGGCAAACCGAGUAAACCGGACACACAGGCGAUGGCAGACGGGCCGGGGAAGGAACAAGAACAUCAGGCGGAACCGCAGAAGUUAGAGCAUGGAGACGAAGAGACGCAAUCUACCACUGCAGCCCCUGCUACAACCUCUGAACCACAGGAGAAGGUAGAGCAUGGAAAGGAAGAGACGCAGCCUACCACUGCAGCCCCUACUGCAACUUCUGAACCGCAGAAGACCGAGACCCCACAAGAGACCGAAACAAGUGCAUCCAAGACCAGCGAAAAGAAGGAAAUCCCCGGAAUUUCUCCAGACCAUGAAGACGGACCGCCACCGCCAUACACAGAAUCUCCAACUCCACAAAAUACAGCCACCUCAGCUCAAUCCGAGGCCACUCAAAAGAAACGGUCAAGUCUCAAACCUUCGGAAUGGUCACAUCAGCGACUCAAUGCAGCCAAGGAAUCCGAUAGUGAACCCGAGGAAGAGGACGAUGGUGGGUGGAAGGAGAUGCCCGCUGUAGAUGAAUUCGAUUUUUACGACGACUACGGGCGUCUAGUCGCGCGCGGCGCCAAAACCGAGAGUGACGAAGCAGUUUAUCAAGGACUAGGAGGCGCUGGAAGAGGGUACACCCGUGUACAGCUUGACGAGGACGCUCACUCGGUGACCAGUUUAGACGAAGACACAAGUUAUCUUUUCAAAGAAAACGGUGCCACGGCGGCUGGCUUGGAGGGCGAAGAGCUGCGUGAUCCCCUCAGUCAACUCCAGGCAACCAAGGACCUGUUGAAUGAAACACAAAAAAUUGCGUACGUUGGAGUGAUCAGACUGGCUAUCUAUCAAAUUGCGUCGGAUAUGGAGAAGAUACCGGUCACCCGCGGCACGCGCAAGGCAAAGCAAAAGAGUAUCGACUCAAUGCGACAAUGGGGUCAGGCGAUGAUGUCGAGGAUCUACUUCCAUAUGGAUAUCGAUGCCGCAGAGCAAAUCAUGAUCGAGCAACUGGCAGAACACGGCGUCCAACCAGCCGAUCUUGUUCGACCUCUCAUGCAGAACGCCCGCGUUCACAAUCCCCUGGCAGACGAGCAAGACAUCUCUAGAAAAUCCACGUCCUCUCUGGCCUCUCCCAGCGUCAAAAAGGAUUUCCGAAGCAGUCUCUCCACGGAGAUCGACCGAUCUUCCACCUCAAUGUCCCCUCCGCCCUAUGAGACCCACGAAGGGGAAGACCUUCCCGAAGUCCGUACGCCCUCCCAGCUACCAACUUCGGAGAAAAUCGAUAUAGACCUCCGCUGGACAGUGCUAUGUGACCUGUUUCUGGUCCUUAUAUCAGAUUCUGCCUACGAUGCGCGAUCGCGGACCCUACUUGAAAGAGUAGGCGACUCCAUGGAGGUUUCGUGGCUACAGAUCGCGCGAUUUGAAAAGCGUGUGAUCGAUGCCCUCGAGAUGCAGGAGGCAUCAGAAAAGGAGACAUGGGACGAGUCCGAACAUAUGGAGGCACGACGUAAGAAGGCUUUGAAGCGCCGGUACAUCACCAUGGGCCUGGCUACCGUGGGUGGUGGUCUCGUCAUCGGUCUUUCUGCCGGAUUGCUGGCUCCUGUCAUCGGAGCCGGUCUCGCGGCUGGGUUCACCACCGUGGGAAUUUCUGGCACUGGAGCUUUCUUGGGAGGUGCAGGUGGCACGGCCCUGAUCGCUUCCAGUGCCACUUUGACCGGAAGCACAAUUGGAAUGAGGGCUUCCAAGAGGCGCACGGGUGCAGUUCAGACCUUCGAAUAUCGUCCUCUGCACAACAACAAGAGGGUCAACUUGAUUGUCACCGUAGCGGGCUGGAUGACUGGUAAGGUCGAUGACGUCCGCUUGCCAUUCAGUACGGUUGAUCCCAUCAUGGGCGAUCUGUAUUCGGUCCUCUGGGAGCCUGAAAUGCUUCGGAGUAUGGGUGAAACCAUCAACAUCUUAGCUACUGAGGCCUUAACUCAAGGACUGCAGCAAGUCCUCGGGAAUACAGUCCUGGUGGCUCUAAUGGCAUCUUUGCAGCUUCCGAUGAUCCUGACGAAGCUGUCGUAUCUGAUUGACAACCCCUGGACUGUCUCGCUGGCUCGUGCAAGUGCGGCAGGUCUCAUCCUUGCCGACUCUCUGAUGGACCACAAUCUAGGGAAACGACCAGUCACCUUGCUGGGUUUCUCCCUCGGUGCCAGGGUCAUCUUCUGCUGUCUGAGAGAGCUUGCGGAUCGGGGGGCUCAUGGCCUUGUUCAGAACGUUUACAUGUUUGGGUCGCCCAUCGUAGCCAGCAGAGAUGAAUAUUUGAAAGCCCGAAGUGUCGUCUCGGGCCGCUUCGUCAAUGGUUACUCCUCGAACGAUUGGAUCCUGGGAUAUCUUUUCCGUGCUACGAGCGGUGGUAUCAUGCGUGUGGCCGGUCUCGCCCCCGUCGAGGGAAUUCCUGGGCUGGAGAACUUCGACGUUACUAAGCUGGUCAAUGGCCACAUGGAUUACCGUGCGGCAAUGCCUCGACUCUUGAAGGAGGUUGGGUGGGAGGUCCUGAGCGAAGAAUUUGCCGAGAUCGAGGAUCCCGAUCCCGACAACCACAACGAGCGACAACGGGAGCUGAUCCGAGAGAUCGACGAAGCUCGCCGUGAUGCUGAAGCUCGACCGGAGAAAAAGAGAUUCGGUCUGUUCAAGCGCGGAAAGCUGGCUCAGAAGAAAGGAUGGGAGACCUACGAUGUGGAGCGCAAUAAUGCGACUCCUCGAGAGUCGAGCGACAGCAACGGAGCCGGGACUGUGCUCUUUGACAUUGACGCAAUCAAAGCCGAACUCGCCUCGGAAAGCAUCGAAGUCAAACAACUCGAGUCGACGCUUCCGCCCAUGAAGUUGGACCUGAACUCUCCUUCGAGUCCCUCUCCUGCUGCUGCUGCUGCUGCUGCUGCUGCUCCCCCGGCGGCACCGUCUCCAUCAGCUGGCAAAGACACCAAGAGUACGGGCACCAGUCAAUCUGUCUCGCCAUUGCCCCCAGGCCCAGCUGACAAAAAGGAUCCCCACGACACUGGGGAAGAAGGGAUUGAAAUGACUUUCGAUACCCCGUACCAUGAACCCCCACAACGUUCGUAUUCAUCGUUCGGAAAUUCGUCCAACGACCUUUACGAGCCUCAUCCCACAAGACCCGAACUCCGAUCUUCAGCCACGAUGCCAGUCGGGGUCGGGGUCGGAGCUGGAAUGGGAGUAGGAGCCGGCGCCCUCGGUGCCAUGGCCCUCGAACACAACGCCUGGGCCGAUCACGAUGUCGGCGACGGAGAGGAGGGGGAGAUUUCAAUGUGUUUCGAGUGA